UUCACCUCUGCUCAUGGCAUGCGACUCUUUGAAUACAUUGGUUCAAACCAACGAUUCGGUGAGAUGUUUAACCGGGCAAUGUCAGAAGUUUCCACGCUGACCAUCAAUAGAGUUCUAGAAGUGUACAAGGGAUUCCACGAUGUAAACACUUUAGUGGAUGUUGGAGGAGGAUUUGGACACGUCAUAGGUUUAGUGACUUCCAAAUAUCCUCAUAUUAAGGGCAUCAAUUUCGACGUAGCCAAAAUUUUAACCGAAGCUCCUCUUUAUCCAGGAGUGGAGCAUGUUUCAGGAGAUAUGUUUAAAGAAGUUCAAAAAGGAGAUGCCAUCAUCAUGAAAUGGAUACUACAUGAUGGGAACGACGAAGAUUGCCUAAAGAUUCUAAGAAACUGCUGGACAAGUCUUUCGGAAAAAGGAAAAGUGAUACUAGUCGAUAUGCUUACGCCGGUGGAACCCAAGAUCAACGACACUUAUUCUAACAUUGUACUUGGUAUGGACAUGAUUAUGUUAACACAAUUGUCAGGUGGUAAGGAGAGGUCAUUUCCCCAGAUCGAGACUCUAGCCUUUGGUUCGGGUUUUAUUCGGUGUGAAAUCAUAUGUCAUGCCUAUUCAUAUAGUGUUAUCGAAUUACACAAAUAGGUUCCA